AUGAUGAGUCUCACCUUCUUCAAUCUUGCUGUCUUACUCGCUGGGACGUGUGUUGCAAACGGUAAUCAGCACCAUCAUAAGCCAACUUCUCCUUACUGUGGUCUGAAUGUCACAUACAAGAAGAGCUGUAUUUGCGAAACCACUCCUGGAGUCAACUCUUUCUCGGGCUAUGUACACCUUCCCUCAUCCCUUUUGACAGAUACGCAAGAUCCAUCUGAUCCAUAUAAUAUCUCAACUUUCUUCUGGUACUUUGAGUCUCGCAAUGACCCUAGAGCUGCGCCUCUCACCAUCUGGCUCGCCGGUGGUCCAGGCGAGGCAUCUUCAUUCUCAGCUGUGACCGAAAACGGUCCUUGCUACGUGAACGAAUUUUCCAAUGCCACGAUUCUGAACCCACACUCCCUGAACCAACAUUCAAAUGUGUUGUACAUUGACCAGCCAGUUCAAGCUGGGUUUUCUUACUCUACAUACAUGAACAGCACUUUCAACUUCAACAACUUGAAUCCUUAUGCAAGUUCGAUAACUCCUGUUGACGCUUAUGAUGGCGAAGUUCCGGCGGAGAACGCAACCUUCAAGUAUGGUCUUUGGGCUGAUCAGGACCCUAAUCGUACUGCCAAUACUACAGAAAAUGCGAUGAAGCCAUUAUGGCAUUUUCUUCAAGGAUGGCUUGAGAACUUUCCAGAAUACAAGACUCGAGACCAGCGAGUCAACAUCUGGGGCAAUUCUUAUGGAGGCUUCUGGACCACUGGCUUGACAAGCUAUAUCUUGGAUCAAAACGCACGAAUUCGGAAUAACACAAUCCCAGGCAGGAUCAUCAACGUGAAUACUCUGGGAAUGACAAAUGGAUGCGUAGAUGCACAUAUUACUGCAGAAUCCAUUGGCGAUAUCAUCUACAACAAUACCUACGGCACCCACUUCUUAUCCGCCGACAUCAACGCCGAGGUCCAGAACAACCUUACCCAAAGUGGUGGUUGUUACGAUCAGAUCGAUCAAUGUCAAGCUCUCGCCGCAUUGUCUGAUCCAAACGGCAACGGAAACAACGAUACUGUCAAUGAACUUUGUGCUACAGCUCUGACAUAUUGCUUUGCUUACGGAGGUAGUGGAGCUUACUCUGCACUCUCGGGACGAAGUGUGUUUGACAUGGCACAGCCUGCACUUGCUCCAUAUCCACCCUACUAUGCUAUCGGAUAUCUCAACCGACAAGAUGUUCGUGAAGAACUCGGUGUGCCAGUUAUGUUCAGUCAGAACGCAGCAAGCGUACAGAGCAACUUCGUCGCCAUCACAGGCGAUGCUGCACGUUUCGAUGGUAUGCGAGCAUUAGAUCAAGCCUUGACUGCAGGAGUCAAAGCUGCAUUCGUCUUUGGCGACAGGGAUACAAGAUGUAACUGGUUAAAUGGCGAAGCAGUUACCAAUACCGCUUCUUGGCCCGGAAAACAACACUUCUCCACUGCUGGAUACGAAAACACCAAGAUCAACUCAACAUACAUCGGUGGUCUGACCAGACAAUUCCAAAACCUCAGCUUUACAAGAGUUUUCCAAGCAGGUCAUGCAGCAGGAUACUUCCAACCACAAACUGUGCUGGAGAUUUUUGAACGUAGCAGUGUAUGGGACACUGAUGUUGCUACUGGGACUCGUCUUUUGGCUACGGAUGGCAACUAUUCAACCAGUGGUCCAAUCAGUGCUUGGAGUCAUUUUGAAGUUUUGCCCGAUGUACCGACUCCUGUUUGCAACAUCUGGGCGGCAGCGGAAGCUUGUACGGAUGAGCAGUUGGCUGCGUUGGCGGAUGGCAGUGCUAUUAUUGAGGAUGAUAUCGUUGUUUCUCCUACUGCCUAG